UGCGGGCGCGGAGAGCCACGUGGGUGGAGCUGGAGCGCGGCUCGCAUGGGGGAGUCUAUCCCGCUGGCCGCCCCGGUCCCGGUGGAACAGGCGGUGCUGGAGACGUUCUUCUCUCACCUGGGCAUCUUCUCUUACGACAAGGCCAAGGACAAUGUGGAGAAGGAGCGAGAGGCCAACAAGAGCGCGGGGGGCAGCUGGCUGUCGCUGCUGGCGGCCUUGGCCCACCUGGCCGCGGCCGAGAAGGUCUAUCACAGCCUCACCUACCUGGGGCAGAAACUAGGGGGCCAGUCUUUCUUCAGCCGCAAGGACUCCAUCCGCACCAUCUACACGUCCCUGCAGAACGAGCUCAAGAAGGUGGUGGCGGGCCGCGGCGUGCCAGGCGGCGCCGCGCCCCACGUGGAGGAACUCCUGUCCCACCUGUCGGAGCAGCUCUGCUUCUUCGUCCAGGCCCGCAUGGAGAUCGCAGACUUCUACGAGAAGAUGUACACCCUGAGCGCGCAGAAGUUCAUCAACGCCGAAGAGCUCGUGGGCCUUCUGGAUGCCAUCCUCAAGAAGUACAGCUCCAGAUUUCACCACCCUAUCCUGAGUCCUUUGGAAAGCAGCUUCCAGUUGGAGGUUGAUGUCCUGAGUCACCUCCUGAAGGCGCAGGCUCAGGUCUCUGAGUGGAAGUUCCUCCCGUCGCUGGUUAACUUGCACAGCGCUCACGCCAAACUGCAGACUUGGGGCCAGAUCUUCGAAAAGCAGCGGGAGACCAAGAAGCAUCUGUUCGGAGGACAGUCUCAGAAGGCCGUGCAGCCCCCACACCUCUUCCUCUGGCUGAUGAAGCUCAAAAACAUGCUUCUGGCCAAAUUUAGUUUUUAUUUCCACGAGGCGCUGAGCCGGCAAACGACAGCCUCGGAAAUGAAAACCUUGACGGCAAAAGCCAACCCAGACCUUUUUGGAAAGAUUUCCAGCUUCAUCAGGAAGUAUGAUGCUGCCAACGUGUCCUUAAUCUUUGACAACAGAGGUUCUGAGAGCUUCCAGGGUCACGGCUACCACCACCCGCAUUCCUACCGAGAGGCCCCGAAGGGCGUGGACCAGUAUCCGGCCGUGGUGUCUCUGCCCAGUGACAGGCCCGUCAUGCACUGGCCCAAUGUCAUCAUGAUCAUGACCGACCGCAUGUCCGAGCUGAACAGCCUGGAGAAAGUGGUCCACUUCUAUGACGACAAAGUCCAGAGCACUUACUUCCUGACCCGCCCAGAGCCGCACUUCACCAUUGUUGUCAUUUUUGAGUCAAAGAAAUCCGAGAGAGACUCCCACUUUAUCUCCUUCCUCAAUGAGAUCUCCCUCGCCCUUAAGAAUCCCAAAGUUUUUGCCAGUCUGAAACCAGGAUCCAAAGGUUAGCGGGUUAAGCGCAGGCCAGGCCUGCCGGACCAGUAACCAUAUUCCUCAUCGCUCUGAUGGUCCCCAGAGGUCUUGGUUGGAAUUACCAUGUGUUCCUGCUUCUCUCACGGUCAACGGGGGAUGCAGAUUCUCCGAAGCUGGGCCACACACACUUGGUGUGUAGUGGACGUCGUUUGAGUUGAGAUCCAAAGAGUAAUCUGGGAAGUGCUCCUGACUGCUGAGUGUCUCCAUGGUCCAACAUAGCACCUGCUGCAUUUUCUCUCUCCUGUUUUCCCACAUUUCGUGUGAACUGAGUAUUUAUUGUCCUUUCUUUUCACUUUCCAAAUGUUUUAUAUUGCUCUAAACAACGUGUUCUAAUGCAAUUCCAAAUGUCUUCCCCCUUCUUCCUGGAUGAAUUAAUUGGGAUGAGAUAUUAAACAGCCUUUUUAGAAUUAAGGACUGUUUGUUUUCGAUCUCAAAUCAGCAGCUUAGCUUUGUUUUUGAUCUGUAAAUUAGUCAUUCUGAUGCCAACAUGAGGGCCUGGGUGUGGAAUUUCUCUGUUAUUUGAAACUGAAGGUGAAUCGGAGUGCUAGCCUCUGGUCAGGUUUUAGCUGUCGGGUCAAACCCAUGGGGCAUGUUUCAUAGCACUGGGUUUUUUGGGGGUGAUCUACACACUGACUGUAUGUGUUGUUGCUUUUUGGAAGUUUGGAUUUUUCACUGUUUUUGAGUCAGCAUCAGCCAGUAGCGGGGAUUUCUCCCGUCUUCAGCAUAUUAUCUGCUUGGCUCUCCAUUAUCACCUUCCUGCUGAAAUGUAUUUCAUGUUUGGCUCCACGCCCUGGUUAUUUUUAGGCUGACAAAGCAUGCAGUCUCAGUUUUUCAGACACUUUAGAUAUUCCCUCGACCUGGCCUACUUUUCUAAAACCAAGUGGAAUCUUGAUACUCUGCACUUGGCUAAAAAUCAAUUGUGCGUUCAAAAGACCUCUUCAUAGCUGAUUAAUCAACUCAGUACUUAAGCACAUUUGAACUUGGGCUUCCUGCCUGACUCCUCCAGAUUAUUUUUAGAAGCAGUGACACUUCUGAACACAUGCUGCCUUAACACUUUUCCUCAGAGGGUUUUCAUGGGAAGUAGGUAGAUCAGAAAAGGCACGCUGGGCUGCGAGGCCUUUACUUCCAGGUUGUUGGUUCAGGACAAAAAUAAGCCACAUAGAGUAACUGAGAGGUGACUAUUUGAUAGCUCCUUCAAAGUGUGUGUGCAGUAUCAAUGGCAGGAAAUUCCAGUUCCCAAGAUUCAGGAAUCUCUGCUAGGUUGGGAGGUGGCAAGUAGGUAGGUCUGGCAGAGACCAGGAGGCUCCAUCCCACCCUGAACCCCCCUAGGCAUCCUCUCCCCACCUCAGCCUGGUCUUCUGGGCUAGGGGGAGGAACA